AUGGUUUAGAAAUCACAAAUCAAACCUUCUUCUUCUCUCUCUACUCUACCAUGGAGCUCUCUUAUGCGCCGGCCAUCUUCAGCCACUCUUCCUCCACCCAGUUUCUCCGAUUCUUUCCUCGGCGAUUAUCAAUCGCAUCUUCUCUUCCUCCUCCUCGAUUCCUACGGAUGGCGUCUCAGUCUCAGCAUCACGAAUCUGUCCCCUGCGCUUCGGUUCCCGGAGAUAACGGUUUCCCGGCGAUUUCCUCUUCUCCGAUCGAAUCAGGUCGAAUAGGUGAAGUGAAGAGAGAAACAAAGGAAACAAAGGUCUCUGUGAAGAUAAACUUGGAUGGUAAUGGAGUUUCAGAUAGCUCCUCUGGGAUCCCUUUCCUCGACCAUAUGUUAGAUCAACUUGCUUCACAUGGAUUGUUCGAUGUUCACGUAAGAGCUACCGGUGACACUCACAUCGAUGAUCAUCAUACAAAUGAAGACGUUGCUCUUGCCAUUGGAACAGCUUUGUUAAAGGCACUUGGGGAGCGGAAAGGGAUUAACCGUUUCGUAGAUUUCACAGCUCCUCUUGAUGAAGCACUUAUACAUGUUUCCUUGGAUCUAUCUGGUAGACCAUAUCUUGGUUACAACUUAGAGAUACCAACGCAGAGAGUAGGAACAUACGAUACGCAGUUGGUGGAGCACUUCUUUCAGUCAUUGGUGAAUACUUCUGGUAUGACACUUCACAUCCGACAGCUUGCUGGUAAAAACUCUCAUCACAUAAUAGAGGCAACCUUUAAGGCCUUUGCAAGGGCUCUCCGGCAAGCAACAGAGUCUGAUCCACGUCGUGGUGGGACAAUACCAAGUUCGAAAGGAGUCUUGUCUCGAUCUUAAGAGCCGGUGAGAAAAAGAAAAACCGAUUCUGCCUGUUGUUUGGAGUUGAUGAUGAGCAGACCACAUCAGUUGUUUCAUGUACAAUUUUGGAUCUUUGUUCAUUUGCAAAGGUUGAUGCAUUUAAGAUCAGUUUU